UCGGUACAAAAGUUCAUAUUGAGCAUACUAUCUUUAAUAUUUAUACUUUUAAUUCGAAACUACCAACUUAACAACAAAAAAUUCCUGACCCGGUUUUUGGCAGAAUGUCGCUGACCCGGUAUAGGCGAAGAAUACGAGGAUACCUUAGUAUUCUUUGGUAUAGGUGUGGCUUUUAAAGUAUGGAACAGGCAUUUCUGCGUUGAGUGUCCAUACACAGAUGUCUGCGUUUCCUGUGACCGAAGUUUUACACCUUCCGCAGCGUUGUUUUAUUGUAUUAAAUGGAAAAAGUUUAUAAAAUAAUAAAUUUUCUACUUUUAUUAUCUCAAAAUUAGUGAGAAUUUUUUUGCAUAGUUCACGGUUUAAAAUUCUUAAAAGUUUUCACUUAUCAGUAAAUUCAGCAGAAAAAUAUAGAGGAUAAUUCUGACACCACAAAAAUAAUAAUUUAAACAUUUCCUGAGUUGAUUAUUUGAUAAUGAACAAUUAAGAAUAAAUUUAUCAAUGAUUUACGGUAGAGUUUAACGUGAUGUGAACAAAUGAGAAUCUGAAAACAAUAUCUUAUUGAUGUAUUAAAAUGUAUAUGUCUGAUGAUGUUACAAGCCUUAAUAGAAGAUUACAAGAUAUAAAUAUUGAAAGUAAUGAAAAUUUAAGUGAAGAAAAUAAUGCAUCUUCCCCUCAAAAUAUGCAAAAUGUUGGGAACGUAUCAUUUUCAUGCACUCGACGUGCUCUUAAUUUCGAUUUUAGUGAUGAUCAAGCUUCUUCUUCAGCAAGUUCCAGCAAUAUUCUAGUCUCUAAUAGUGAUUUACUCCCAAGUAAUUCGGCCAGUAAUUCGCAUCCUGAACCUUGUCUGUAUGAUAGAUCAGUAUCUGAAAAUAAUCACAAUCCACCUCCUCAACUGUAUAACUGGCAAGGAAGUAAAACAACGAUGAAAGAAAGGUUUGCUUUUCUAUUCAACAAUGAAAUUCUAUCAGAUGUAAGAUUUGUAGUUGGACGAGGAGCACAACAACAAAGAAUACCAGCACACAAACUAGUUCUAUCAUCUGGAAGUGCUGUCUUCGAUGCAAUGUUUAAUGGAACUUUAGCAACAGCUUCAGCUGAAAUAGAAGUUCCCGAUGUUGAACCAACAGCGUUUCUAGCUGUUCUUUUAUUUCUUUACACUGAUGAAAUCCAAAUUGAUCCUGAAACUGUAAUGACUACUUUGUAUACUGCGAAAAAAUACGCUGUUUCUCCAUUAGAAAAACACUGUGUAGAUUUUUUAAGAAGCAAUUUAACAAGUGAUAAUGCAUUUUUGUUGUUAACUCAAGCUAGGCUUUUCGACGAACCUCAACUUGCUGCUGUUUGUCUUGAUACUAUUGAUAAAUUUACAACUGAUGCUUUCAAUGCAGAUGGUUUUACAGACAUCGACAUUGACACUUUGAUGGUGGUGCUAGAAAGGGAUACUUUGAGAGUUAGAGAGUCAAAACUAUUCCAUGCAGUAGUCAGAUGGUCUGAUGCAGAGUGUGUGAGACAACAAUUGCCUGUAACUCCAGAAAAUCAACGAUCCGUUCUAGGACGUGCUCUUUCUCUUGUUCGAUUCCCGUUAAUGUCCGUCGAAGAAUUUGCCGUAGGUCCGGCUCAGUCUGGUCUUCUUACUGACAGAGAAGUUGUAUCGUUGUUUCUUUAUUUUACUGUAAAUCCAAAACCUGCGAUUGGAUUUGAAGCGAUGCCUCGAUGUAGGUCAAUGGGAAAAGAAUUGACAGUGUGUCGAUUUCAACAAACGAGCCAAAGAUGGGGAUAUAAUGGCACUAGUGAUCGAAUAAGGUUCAGUGUUGAUCGAAGAAUAUUUUUAGUCGGUUAUGGAGUUUACGGAAGUGUUCAUGGACCGGCUGAAUAUGAAGUACUGAUAGAACUAAGUCACACAGCGUCUGGGAAAUUAAUAGCAACAAAUACAACGAGUUUUAGUUGUGACGGAUCAAAUUAUACUUAUAGAUUGAUGUUUAAAGAACCAAUCGAAUUGAUAGCAAGCACUAUUUAUACGGCAUCGGCAACAUUUAAAGGUCCUGAUUCUUAUUACGGAACAAAGGGUAUGAGACGAGUAACAGUAGAAGGUGAUUCUGGAAAAGGAGAAGUGAAAUUUCAGUUCAGUUUUGCUGCGGGUGAUAAUAACGGAACUACAAUCGAAGAUGGACAAAUUCCUGAACUCAUUUUUUACAUUUAAAAUAUUAAAUGAUGAAUCAUGAUUUAUUGAUUGGAUAUAAAAUUGAUUUCUAAUUUAA